AUGCCUUUUGCAAUGCCAUUGUGGUAUCGAGCGCCCUUGUGUCAAGUUGUCUUAGUCGGUUUCACAUUGUUCUGCACCUCCGGUAUGUUCAGCGCAGUGUCUAACCUCGGCGCCGGUGGGACAGAAGAUAUCGCACUAUCGGAUAUGGCCAACGCAGUGCACUACGGCCUUUUUGCUAUCGCAGGCCUUUUCGCAGGAGGUGUGACCAAUCUGCUCGGUGUUCGCCCUACGCUGUUCAUUGGGUCGAUUGCUUAUGCACUCUACAUGGGCUCCCUAUGGUGUUUUCAGACCGAAGGCACGCGUUGGUUUGUCGUCUUUGCCGAUGCAAUUAUUGGCGUCUCGGCAGCCCUGCUAUGGUCCGCACAGGGCGCAGUCAUGAUGUCGUAUCCUUUGGAGAAAGAUAAGGGUAAAGCUUUCGGCAUAUUCUGGGCUAUUUUCAACUUCGGUUCAUUCAUCGGCGCGAUCAUUGCGCUUGCGAUCAAUCUCCAACAGGGCAAGCUUUCCGCUGUAUCGACGGGAACGUAUCUCGCCUUCCUUAUCAUCGUGUUCAUUGGAGCUGCUUCCUCCCAGCUGGUACUCUCGCCCGCAUCUGUUGUCCGCGCCGAUGGCUCGCUCGUCAGAGUACAGACCCAGACUUCGCCACAGGAAGAGAUACGCUCUUUCUUUGCGCUAAUCAAGGACUGGCGCAUGCUCGCCCUCGCGCCAAUGUUCUUCGCAAGUAACUUUCUUUACGCGUACCAGGGCUCUAUCAAUACCUUCUACUUCGAUGGCCCGACUCGAGCUGUCAACGCCACACUCGAGGGCGCGGGCGCGAUCGCAGGAGCGCUCGUCACUGGAGUCGUGAUCCUCGACGCACCGCGCCUUAGACGUCGCACGCGGGGGUGGCUGGGCCUCGCAUUCGUCGGUACCUGUGUAAUUGCCGUAUGGACUGGCGCGCUAGUCUGGCAACUAGACUUCACGCGGGGCAGCCAUGUCCAGAAGAUGUCCUACCACGACAGUGCGUUUGUUGCGAAGGGGGCCCUGUACUUCGCCUUCUAUUUCAGCGAUUCUGCAUAUCAGGCCCUGGCGUAUUGGAUUAUGGGCGCUAUCACCAAUGAUCCGUUCAAGCUCGCACGCUACGCUGGUUUCUACAAGGCCAUUCAAUCUGCGGGAAGCGCGGGAUCGUACGGUAUGGACGCAGUCGAGACGCCGUUCCUUAAUGAGCACCUGGCUAGCUGGAUGAUGAUGCUCGUCUCACUUCCACUCGCUGGCCUCGUCAUUUAUCAUGUUCACGACACAUCAUACCAGGACGAGCAAACCGUCUUCGUUGGUGGCACAGGCGUCCAAUAUACAGAGGCCGAGGUUGAUCCAGAACCUGUCAAGGAGAAGGAGGCGCUCGAGUGCCUCGACGUCCAUACACCCUCCAAAGAUUGA